AUCAAUUGUUCUUAAAAGAAAGGUUGAGAUAUCAAGGAUUUUCUGCAAAUAUCACUGUAUUAUAGUGAGCUUAUCGGUGUGGUCAAUAGUACAGAAUAAGCUUAGUAACCCCAGAGUAGAAGAGCUUCUGUGACGGAUCAAGGGAUUGUGAUUAUUACACACGGUCUUCUAUGCGGCAAGAAUCCCAAAACGGUUUCAGGAUUAGGCCACCGGGCGACCACGGUGGUGUGCAUCACGGCGGUAUCAUGCUUGAGGACGACAUGGCUGGCGCUCAAGACACGAUAUACCUGUGCAAUUUCCGGGUGUCGGUAGACGGCGAGUGGCUGUGCCUGAAAGAGCUUCAGGAUGUCGAGUUCUCGUUGCAGGACUCGAUGCAACGGUCACCGUCGCCCCCGCUCGCGCUCAGUGGUAUAAAUCAUCAUCAUCAUCAUCACCAUCAUCAUCAUCAUCACCACCGUCAGCAACAGCUUCCCGAACAGCGAGAGCUUCGCGAUAUAAUGCCUCCAAGCCCGCCACCAUUGCAGCACGUCUCCAGCUUGUCACGGGAUCCGGUCAUCAUCGAGAGGAGUAAUCUCGUUAAUAUCUCGAAGCUGAUCGUCAAGGAGCUGAUCGAAACGUCAUUGAAAUACAGUCGAAUGCUCGACUCCGAUCACAUGCCCUUGCAACAUUUCUUCAUCGUCCUCGAGCACGUGCUUAGACACGGUUUGCGGCCAAAGAAGGGUCUCCUCGGACCCAAGAAGGAGCUCUGGGAUAUACUUCAGCUAGUUGAGAAGUAUUGUCCCGAAGCACAGGACAUUACGUCCAGUAUUCGUGAUCUACCUACUGUUAGGACCGCUAUGGGUAGGGCGCGAGCGUGGUUACGCAUGGCGUUGAUGCAAAAAAAAUUAGCGGAUUAUCUGAAAGUUCUGAUCGAUCACAAGGAGGAUAUAUUGUCCGAGUACUUCGAGCCGGACGCAUUGAUGAUGAGCGAAGAGGCGAUCGUUAUAAUAGGUCUGCUGGUGGGUCUGAACGUGAUCGACUGCAAUUUCUGUGUGAAGGAAGAAGAUCUGGACUGCCAACAGGGCGUGAUCGAUUUCUCGCUGUAUCUUCGCAACAGCAAUCACAUACCUGGCGAAUCACCGGAUGACGAGGUCGAGAACGACAACAUGACCACGGUUCUCGACCAGAAGAACUACAUCGAGGAAUUGAACCGUCAUCUAAAUGCAACCGUGACGAAUCUACAAACAAAAGUGGAAUCACUGACGACGACGAACGCUCUGAUGAAGGAGGAUCUUUCGAUCGCUAAGAAUAACAUAUUGUAUCUUCACGAGGAGAACAAACAGCUGAAGAAAGAAUUGGGCAUCGAGGUGAAAGACACGAAUGAGAACGGAAAAACGCCUAUUAAGAUCACCGAGACCACGCAGGAGAUCGAGGAACUGAGAAGUCGACUGGAGAGUGAAAAGAAACAGCGACAGGACGUGGAAAAGGAAUUGGAAUUGCAGAUCAGCAUGAAAUCGGAAAUGGAAGUCGCCAUGAAACUGCUGGAGAAAGACAUCCACGAGAAACAGGACACGAUCGUGUCGUUGCGGCAACAGCUCGACGAUAUUAAACUGAUUAACUUGGAGAUGUACAAAAAGCUACAGGAGUGCGAAGGCUCGCUUAAGCAUAAGACAGAACUGAUCACUAAAUUGGAGGCUAAGACGCUAUCGAUGACUGAGACCAUCCAAAAAAUGGAUGAGAAGUGCAAGGAAAUGGACGGCGUGAGAUCUGGAGCGGAGGAAAGGGUGAAGAUUUUGGGAGCGGAGGCGGCCCAGAGGGAGGCGAAAGCGACCGGGGUCGAGAGGGAAUUGCGACUCGAACGUGAAUGGAGGACCUCCUUGCAGGAAGCAUCGAUUUCGAGCGCGGAGAAGAUCUCUCAAUUACAUCAGGAGAUUGAUCAGUUGCGGCGGGUGUCCGAGAAAUACCUGGCGCUGCAGGAGGAACACUACGCGCUGAAGGAGAUCUGCACCGAGCAGGAACGAACUCUGGAGGAACUUGGCGGACAAUUGAGCACUGCGAAAUUGGCGGCCGUCGAAUUACGGGAGGCCGCUGACAACGCUCAGCAGCAGCAACGGCUAGAGGGUGCGGCAGCAACGACGACCUGGGCGAACGAUCGGCUGGUCACCCAUUGCAAAAGCUGCAACCGUGAGUUCAACAUCACUCGUCGUAAGCACCACUGUCGGAACUGCGGUGAGAUCUUCUGUCACGCGUGCAGCGACAACAACACGUCCCUGCCCACCUCGACGAAGCCUGUCCGCGUGUGCGACGAAUGUUACGUAUUCCUGCUUGGCCGAUAUUCGGCCGGUCGCUAACAACAUCCCUUCGUCUCGAUCGGUCCGACAGCGUGGAAAACGUUCCAGGCGGAAGCUACGACAAAAGGAGGAAAAAACAGAGAUCUGAUCCUCUUUCUCUAUCACACGUACACA